GGAUUGGAUUUCUUUGUAGCAAAACCAAUGAAUUAUUGAACAGAUUGGACUUGGGUUUGCCAAAGAAUGAUUCCUGUCAGACUGUUAAUUGUGGCCCAGAAUCAACAGCAUGGGCUAGAAGCCGUAUAUAUAAGCAAGCUCUUCGAGAGGAUGAAAACAGAAGAUUGGAGGAAAUGAAGCAAGAACAACGGAGGAAGGCUCAAUUAAUGGAAUCAAAACAAAAACAGGAGGAAGAAGCCAGGAUAAGAGCACAUCAAGAUGAACAGAGGAGAGUAAAUAAUGCUUUUCUGGACCGACUUCAGAAGAAAACACAACCUAAUAGCAUCUGCCAACCUGGAUAUUCUGGGAGUUUGCACUACUGCAGUGAUGGUGCCUGGGGGUCGAACUACUUGGAAUAAAGGACUAAUGUUUCCAGAAGAAUGCUAAAGAAAUAUUCUCUUUUAUCUGGUUUUGGCCAAAUGACCUUGUAAAAGCUCCAAGAAAGCCCUCUUUUAUCAGUGUGAUUUUUUUUCCUAACCUGAUUGCAUCUUCACACCCACUUCGUGAGUAAUCUGGAGAGACUGGUUUCUAGCUGUCAUUAUUCACGCAUAUUUGAAGCAACUGGUUAUGAAAUUCCUAAUUAAUUUUUAAUAAGUGAAUGUGUUCUUUUUUUUUUCCCCUUCUUAAAUUGUUUUGCCUUUUGCAGAAUGCAAUUAUGCUAGCCUUUAGGAUCUCACAAAUAGAAGAUGUUGGUGGUUGCAGAAGCUGCAGAAAUAUCUGUGUUUACUUUUUUACUGUGCCCAGCCACAAACUUCCAGUGACUUGAACAGCGAAAAAAAUAAUAGUGCUCUCUUGUGGGAGCAAAGUGCUGCUGCUUUUUUGUUGAUGUUGCUUUUGUUUUUUGGGGUGGGGGGUUGAGAGACUUUUUAAUGUAUGUUAAACAGUAGAGUCAAGGAGAAGCAAGUGUGUGUAUUAUAGAUGGGCUAUUUUGAAAAUGUAUUUAGAAAAGUACAACAUUAAAGAAAUAAAACUUUAAUGCUGGAAA